UCGCCCCCCGGGUGUAACCGCGUCGAUCUUAAUGGAUUUUCGUGCAUACGAAAUUAGAUUUGUUACGUUUUGAAUACAAGAUUUCCUCCUGGAGGAGAUUCAUUGUUACGUCAAAAUAUUGCUCUUCCUAGAAAGUUCGGAAUAUUCGGCUAAGAUAUCUAUAAAAUAACUAUGGCUGACAUUGAGGAUACCCACUUCGAGACUGGAGACUCAGGAGCCUCAGUGACAUACCCUAUGCAGUGCUCAGCACUGCGCAAAAAUGGUUUUGUCAUGUUAAAGUCUCGUCCCUGCAAAAUUGUAGAAAUGUCGACUUCUAAAACCGGCAAGCAUGGUCAUGCCAAGGUUCAUUUAGUAGGUAUCGAUAUAUUUACCUCCAAAAAAUAUGAGGAUAUCUGUCCCUCUACACACAAUAUGGAUGUGCCGUUUGUCAAACGGGAAGACUAUCAGCUUACAGAUAUAUCUGACGAUGGCUAUCUUUGUCUGAUGGCUGAUAAUGGAGAACUGCGCGAAGAUCUCAAGAUACCUGAUGGUGAUUUGGGAACGCAGCUACGUGCUGAUUUUGAGUCUGGGAAAGAACUACUUUGCACCGUACUCAAGGCAUGCGGCGAGGAGGUAGUAAUCGCCGUCAAAAACAACACCUCCCUCGACAAAUAAUUGUGUUCAGCCCGACAACUACGACGACAAAAAGCCCAAUAUACAUUCGAGCAAAAACCACCCGCUUAGCCAAUCAAUUGAUACCUUUACCAUUGGUCAAACAGGAUAAACAAAAAUAAUAAAUCUAUAGGAAGAUGAUGAAGAGAGUAGAAGAGCGCGAAAGAUAAAAGAAAAGAGCGAGAGAAAGAGAGAGAGAAAUAAAAAAGCAAAACAAAAGCAAAUAAAACGGGCUAGCAAUUCCUAACAACAACAACGCGCCAAUGCGAAAAACGACUUUUAUCGAAGUAACAUCUGCUUACUUAAUUAUUAUUCAACAAUAUUUAAAUGAACAAAUCCGGGAAAAAAGCGAGAACUGUGUAUACGUACGCUCAGUUCUAUAUUACAUGUAAUACCAUACACAGACGAUACAGAUCAACAGCGCAGUAAUAUGUGCGCAUAUAUACACACAAAAUAUUUACACUUAUACUUACACAUCCACACACGCGUUGUUUGUUAUAAAUAACAAGAAAGUGGCGAUACACAACUUCAGCAAACGAUUGAUUGAAAAAUAAAAACUGAGAAGCCUUGACACAUCCUGGACCUUUUUUUUUAAGAAUAGAGAGAAAGAAAUUAUUUACAACAGCUUUGUAACUUAUUACACUUAUAUGUGUGAGUGAGAGAGAAUAUAUGAGAAAAUGAGAGAGAGCAAGAGAGAGAGAGAGAGAGAGAGAGAAAUUGUUGGAGACCAAUACGAAGAGGUCGUGGGAAAAAAGGACUUUAAAGUCUUUAACGCGCGCGCGCGGAACAAUUUUUCAUGGAAUGCUAGCGAUGUCCGACACAAAGCAGCUCACUUCAAGCAUCUUUCCUGAUGAUCGAUUUAUAAUGAUUAUAGACAAAGACUGGCGUUUCGCUAUACAGAAUUUGUAUACUUAUGUAAGAUUUCUCAAGAUUUCUUUUUUCUUUUUUUUUCCGUUGAAAGAACUCGAGAUUUUUAGGUCUAAUGAAAUUUAACUAAGCACAAAAUUUGAAAAUUUCUGAUGCUUGAUCUUGUCUAAGAAAUCUGAAAGGUUUACAAAUUUCGUAUUUCAUCUUCCAAGAGUUGAAAAAAAAUUCAUUAUGAAUUAAACAAACUCAAAAUUAUGAUAUCCAAGGAUAUUAAAAUACGAUAUAUGUAGACCUCUAAAUCCAAGAACGCUGAGAUCACGCAAAUUAACAUUUCGCGUGCUUUGAUAUGGCCGGUGCGACGCAAUGCGAUAUCGUCAUGUUCAGGAGACUGUAAUUGGCUUAUGACUGCUCAGAAAACUUUAUUACAUUUUGUUGUAAUAUCUCGUUUUAAUAAACAUUUUUCAGAACAGGUUA